UUCUCCUUCGGCUAUUACGCACGUCGCCGAUCUUCUCUUUACGCUAUGGCCUCUUCCGACUCUCCUUCUAGCUCUGCCGGUCUCCCGAGCGACACGGUCACGAUCUUUGACUCCGACAAUCCGAGCUCGACGUUGAUUAACGUCAAUGUUUCGAAUGUUUCGAAACUCACGGCCAUGAACUACUUGACAUGGAGUAUUCAACUUCGUGCCUUACUCCAAGGAUACAAUCUCGAAGACUUCCUCGAUGCGGCCAAAGUGCCGGCUACCACUAUCAUCACCAACAAUGUACUAUCUCCUAACCCGACCUAUAAGUCGUGGUUUCGUCAGGACCGUCUUGUUUUCUCGGCUCUCCUCGGUGCGAUCUCAAGUCCCUGUCAAGCUCUCGUAGUAUCGACCACCUCUGCCGCAGAUGCAUGGGCUACUCUAGUCCAAACUUAUGGCCGAUCUAGCCGUGGCCACAUCAAACAACUCAAAGACCAGAUGCGGCGCCAUACAAAAGGCACCAAAACCGUCAAUGACUACAUGAACUUCUUCAAGAUUAAAGCGGACGAGCUUGCACUUCUCGGCAAACCUAUGGAUCAUGAGGAUCUCAUUGAUCUAAUUCUCGCUGGCCUCGGUGAUGAGUACAAGACUAUCAAAGACGUCGUACAUGCUCGAGACACUCCGAUCUCAUUUGUCGAGUUACAUGAGAAACUGUUGAGUCUUGAUGUCGACCUUGCUGCCAUACAUCUCUCAGAUCCUCCUAUUUCGGCUUAUGCAACACAACAUACCUCUCGAUCUUGGCGCCCUCCCACUGGUUUUGGUCCCCAACCUUCAUCAAUGCCCCGACCUUCUCUUGCUCAGGGUUCUCGCUCAACUCAAUCUCGAUCUCAACCAUGGCGUACACAGUCUCGAGGAUACCUCGGAAAAUGCCAACUCUGCGGUGUUCAAGGGCAUAGUGCCCGAACAUGCCGCCUGCUUCCUCCUUCGGUUGCCCGCUCUCCUGCCGACUCCAGUCCACCUCAUACCACUGGUCCUUGGAAACCAUUGGCUCAGACUGCAACUGUCUCCCCCUCUCAACCAUCAUCUUGGUUGCUCGACUCGGGAGCCUCUCAUCAUGUCACUACCGACCUUGCUAAUUUAUCUCUCCAUUCACCCUACCAAGGAGGAGAUGAAGUUAUCAUUGGCAACGGCUCCGGACUUGCCAUAACACACACUGGUGAAGGAUCUCAACACGGGGGCACCGCUGCUAACCGGGCCCCUUAAUGGCGGUGUGUAUGAAUGGCCGACUAUCCAUUCCUCGUCUGUAUCCUCCAAUAAGCCCUCGGCUCUUGCUCUUUCGAGUGUCAAGACCUCUCUCUCUGAGUGGCACUCUAGAUUAGGUCAUCCGUCUAAAGACGUUUUAAACUCUAUUAUUUCACGUUUUUCUCUUCCAUUGUCCUCUUUGUCGAGUCGUCCAUUGUCUUGUGAGUCUUGUUUUAUUAUUAAAAGUCAUAAACGUCCUUUUUCUACUUCCACGCUUACCUCAUCUCGACCUCUUGAACUUUUAUACUCGGACGUAUGGACUUUGCCCGUCACCUCUUUUGACGGGUACAAGUAUUAUGUUAUUUUUGUUGAUCAUUUUACCCGAUAUACAUGGUUUUACCCUAUGCGGCACAAAUCUCAUGUUUCGACUAUUUUUCCAAAGUUUAAAUCUCUUGUUGAAAAUCGCUUUCAAACAAAAAUUGUCACUCUUUAUUCGGAUAAUGGUGGAGAAUAUAUUGCACUUCGAGAUUUUCUUUCGUGUCAUGGUAUUUCGCAUCUUACUUCUCCUCCCCACACACCCGAGCAUAAUGGUAUUUCGGAACGUAAACAUCGUCAUGUUGUUGAAACCGGACUUACAAUUUUAUCUCAAGCAUCCAUCCCUUUGGACCUUUGGAACUUUGCUUUUCCAACGGCAGUCUAUUUGAUCAAUCGUCUCCCUUCUUCGGUCCUUCACGGUCGUUCCCCUUUUGAGGUUCUUUUCGAGUCAUCUCCAAACUAUAUUAAACUUCGUACCUUUGGUUGUCUUUGCUACCCGUGGCUUCGUCCUUAUUCUAGUCAUAAACUACAACCUCGAUCGGCCCCUUGUGUCUUUGUGGGUUACUCUCUCACCCAAAGUGCUUUCCUUUGUUUGCAUGUUGCCACUUCCCGUCUAUAUGUCUCUCGUCAUGUUGAGUUUGUUGAGUCAGAAUUUCCUUACUCUAGGCUUCUUUCAACCUCUCACUCUCCGGUUAACUCUUCUCCAUUCCCAUCUAUCUCUCGGUCUUCCCUUGUUCCAUGCCGGUCUGAUCAUUCUUACACAUUGUCAUCGCCUGAGCUGGUCUCCCGUGUUGUCCCGUCACCCACAAGGAACUCCUCCAUACCUCUCACCUGCUCUUUGUCGCCUUUGCUACCUCCUCAACCUUCUCCGCACCUGAUGCCUCAUGACCCUCCUGAUCCCAUGCUUACCGAACCACCAACCCAAACUUUCCUCCCUGGCUCACCUAUUCA